AUGAGUGGCGUGUAUGAAGGGUACCCUACGAGACAUAUAUGGUAUGAGCCCAUCAAUUCUUUAAUUAAGAAAUUCUUAACAGAGGGCAGAGCCGAGGUUACGGACGAGUUCAAGGACGGGAACCCGCGGUGGGUGCGGGCGACGGUGAACCUCGACGACCACAUCGUCAUUCCAGGGCUGGACCCCGACGCCGUGGCGGCCGAUCCCGACCAGGCCGUGGAGGACUACGUAGCGUCGCUGUCCAGGCUGCCCAUGGACCGGUCCCGCCCGCUCUGGGAGUUCCACUUCCUCGACUUCCCAACCUCGGUGGCGGCCGCGACCGUGGCUGUCCGCGUGCAACAUUCGCUCGCCGACGGCAUGUCGCUGCUCACGCUCCUCAUGGCGUGCACCCGAAGAGCCGCCGACCCGACCAGGCUGCCCGCCAUGCCGCCGCCGCCGGCUCGCUCGGGCCCUGUCUUCGCGAGGCCGAGGCCGCCAGCUUCCGCGGGUGCCCUGCCGUUCGCGCUGUGGCUGUGGUCCUACGUUGUGCUCGCUUGGCAUACCGUGGAGGACGUCGUGGCGUUCGUGGCUCUGAUCCUGUUCGUGAGAAAGCGACCUCCGCCGCCGCAAACGCUUCGUGCAUACGACCCUCAGCCUCGAUGA